UACUUAUGUGUAUAAGGGUUGGACCCAGACGGACAAAAAGGAUGGAAAAAGUUUCAUAGUACAUUAAAAUGCCCGACAAGGAGUUGGUCGUCAAAUAUUUACUCCUAACUUUGGCUUUGACUUCAUUUCAUAUAUCAUACACAGAGAGCCGGCUUAAUGAGAAACGUAGAGACAAAACGGACAGAAGACAUCAUUCCGUACAAGUAAAGGAUAAUUUAUGCGAAAUCGCAAAUAGAGAGUCCAAAGUGCAUUGCUACUGUGAGAGAACUGAAAUCAAUACUGCGACUAGGGCUGAUUGUUGGGUUUUCAAUGGUGGCAUUGAUGAAAGCGACCCCAUAUGGGCGAGCUUCAAUUCUCAAAUGUAUUUAGAGAGACUCACGUUUAAUGUUAGAUCAGACGGAGCCUUGACGUUUAUUCCGCUAGCCGUGAUUCAUCGUCUCAAGAGAUUGCAGAAGCUACACAUACACUAUGCUACAUUGAAUAAAAUAGAAAAGAAAACAUUCACAAAUCUGACGUCAAUUAAGGAGAUAACAUUAAUGAAUAAUAAAAUUACAAAAUUAGAUAUCUCCGCAUUCAAAGGCCUACCGGCUCUAGUCAAUAUAACAAUCAAAGAAAAUAAAAUAACAGAAAUACAAAGAGACAUAUUUGUUGAAUUACCAAGCUUGAAAUAUCUUGAUUUAUCUUUCAACAGUAUUAAUCUCGCCCACGACGGCUGUUUCGAGCAUCUAUCUAUAUUAAAUGAUUUAGUAUUAGAGGCGAAUUUAAUUACAGUUCUGACUAGAGAUACUUUCAGAGGACUUGCUAAUUUGACAAGAUUGGAUUUGAGGUCGAACAAGUUGUCAAUGAUCGGCGAUUUGACAUUUACAGAAUUGUGGAAUUUGAAUGAGCUACUCUUGGAUAACAAUGAAUUGAAAUAUUUGUCUGAAAGGGCUUUUGAUGGACUCGCUUUGCUAGAGAAGUUGUCAAUGACGGGUAAUCAAUUGCAGUCUAUCAAUGAAGGACUUUUGGAAGGCGUUCGAGGACUUAAAUUAUUGGAUUUGAGAAAUAAUGAAUUGAAGACCUUCUCCCUAGAAACGGUUAAACCAAUAUUUGAAAAUUUAAAAGACAAAUCUUCAGUACUUUAUUUAAGUGGUAACAACUUUAUCUGCGAUUGUCAACUAAUUUGGUUGCUAACUCUAAGAAACGAAACAAAAAGUGAACCACUUAAAUUAGCACUGAACACAAUCACAUGUACAUUUGACAGGAAUGAAGAACUCAAAGAAGAACAAGACGUAAAAGAUAAAGUAGAAAAGGUAUUCGAACUUGGUACUAAUGGUGAUGUGUUCCAACAAACUGAUGAUGAAUUGUACCCUGAUAAUCCAUUAUAUAAAUUGGAUACUACAGAGAAAACUGCAUCUAAUGAAGUAGUAUUAGUUGAUGUACCGAUAGACUCUUUACCUUGUCCUGGUGAAAAAUUACCUAAAAGAGAAGAUUCAUUGAUGCUUUCAUCUAAAGAUGAAAAUUACUGGCAAUCAAAUUCAAGUUCAAAUAUGACGUCAUUUCCAUUAUUAAUUCUUUUAUUGGCAUCUUAUAUUUAUCAUUAA